AUGAAAGUAUUCAGUAUCUAUCUUGUGCUGUUGAUCGCGGUGGUCUAUGGGGCGGAUGUGAGAGAAGCUCUCCAUACCGCCACCGCUAUCCCCGAUAACCUUACCGUGGUACCCCAAAACAACUACAAUGGCUGGGUCAACCCAGAAGACCUGGCUCCUAUGCCACAGUGCAUCGCUCAGCAAGAUCAGUCCGCCUGGCUGAGUGCGAUGACGAAGUGCACUAGCAAGCGAUGCACCUCCCACUUUACAUUUAUCUGCACCCACCACCAAUGGCUGACUGAUCUCAGCUGCCUGAGUGUUGAAUUCUCCUCCGACGUUAUCAAACGCUAUCUCCCAUACUGUGCUAGAUCAAUCCUCGCCAAAGAGCAGCUGUAUCAAUGGACCCAUAAGAUAACCGGUCGAACGUGGCUUGUUGAUGUUGGCGACACGAUCGACCUGGAAGGUCUCUCCCCAGCCUCUCUAGCAGCAGGCUAUGCAGCUGUAGAAGAGACCUUCCAUGCACCAACGUGCCUGACCGGCUCGGUCUCUGCCGUGUCACAGGAACCGUUUCAACACGUCAUGGCCUCUUGUGGGUUCACGAGUAUCACUCAACAUACCGGAAAUGCCGAUCGUCCUUGGGAAUAUAGCGAGUCCCUACAUUCAAUGAUUCCUCUGGAUUCUCAAACAGUUGGUUACGAUCUCAUUCCCCGUGGCAUGAUCCAUAGCCUAUUUCACCGUGGUAUCAAAGAUGGCGACUACUUUGACAAAGAUUGCUUCUGCAGCAAUUUCAAAAUCAAUUUCAACAAUGAACCUUGCUCAGGGCCAGGAGAGCUGGACUUCACGAAAGAACGUCUCUGGAUUAACGCUAUAUGUGGACCGAGCCUUUUACCCGAGAACUGGACGGACUCGCUCAAAACCACAGGGUUCGAGUACAUUCCCAUUGACAAUUGGCACUGGCCCAAGUGUGUGGCGGAUAUGUCAAAACAGGUGCUUCAGCGUACUGACCAGUGUGCAACUGAUGCUUGUGAUGUUGACUCAGAUGGAUAUUGUAAAGUUAGGCGUGCAGUUGACAGGGCUUGUGUCUGUCGCCACAUCAGCUACGAUUCAUGUGGAGGUUCGUGCCAUGUAUUCGAGACCCGAAUAGACUAUGUCAAGUGGCUCCACGGUCUCUGUGGCGAUGUGCAGGACUGGCGCGGUCUGCCUAAUAACUGGAGUCAGUUAGCUGCCCCUACCCCUGUCGAGAUGAUUCCAUGGGGUUGGACUCUCAGCCCAUUCUUCAAUUCAAACCCUACCAAUGGGACUCGUUCGGGAUACCAGAAGACGGCAGAAACAUGUCCCACGAAUGAUUGGAAGCUUGGAAGCUUUGCUCUAGUCAACAUAGCCAUCUUCCUUGCAGUCCUUGUGAGCCAGAGAAUACGCGCAUAUCAAACCAUAGGUGGCUGUCGAAAGGACCCCAACCCCUCGGACUGGCUUUUCAAAGGGGCUUCAAUCGCUACUCUCCAACUCCUUGCAAAUUGCAUCAACGCUUUGAUUGUUCAACACACCCCUGGCUAUGAAGGCGUCCUCGUUAUCCAACUGGUACUUCUCUGGUGCUCCAUGCCUCGAACCACAUGGCUGAUCAUGUUGUUACUUGGUCUACAACCCUUCGGAGCGAUCGACCUCUCCGCGACAGCGUCUGUGCUUCUUGGGGAAAUGAUCCUCCAGUGCCUAUCGUUUUAUUACAUGAUCAUAACCGUCAAUUAUGGACGAGGACACAACUUCUAUCUUGGAGCUAUAGGAGACGUGGAAAGAGGUGGACCAGCAAAGGCCAUGUAUGCCGGAGCACUCUUAUGGCUUAUGCUCUUUAUCCUGGUGCUCGUUCAAUCAAUGCGGGCCAAGCGUAAGAUCAACAAGUUGACUGGAUCGACAACUGUGGAAGAGGUAACAUCCGCGUGGAACGAAAAUCGCAUAAAUUCAAAAGACGGAAUAGCACAAUCCUCGAAAGACAAUGCGGGCACGGAAAAGACACCCCUGACGAGAACCGAGAGACAUUCUACAGCGUACGGCACUUUCUCUGAUCCCGGCCAGCAGCACUGGGUUUCUCAAAACGCAUUCGUGGAGCUGUGUGUGGCCACAGCCAUGGGGAUGCUAUUUCUCUGGGUCGCGCAGUGGCUGUUUUGGGGCGGGUUUGUUGGUCUUAGUUUGGAAGAGUAUGUUCUCGUGCACUUAUUCCGUGGAUAUUGCUAA